AUGACUGAUUUGAUGCACAGACGAGAGUAUGAGGACGAAGUCGCUGCAAAAGUAUUGGCAAAUCUGAAGCCUGCCCUGAGAAUGAACCCAAAAGCAAGGGUGUUUGUAAAUGAGCUUUUCAUUCCUCGGCUUAUUACGCCCCAAGCAGCGUCCAGCAGCACAGCCUCACAAAACAUGUCAAUACAACAAUCCGGAUGGCCAAUGAUCACACAGAUGCAGCAGCUCGGUGGCCAACAACUCUUCAGUGGAAAGGAGCGAACCUUUGAGGAGAUCAGGAAUAUUGGCGAGAUGGCGGGUUUGCGAUUUGUCAAAUAUCAUAGAUUCAGGAUGUUUACUGGAGUCGCCGAAUUCGAGCUCCCUUCGAGCUCGAAGUUGUGA